GUACAGGAUCGGCCUGUACAACGGACGGUUUUUCGGAUCAGCCAUUACUUCGAUAGCGUUGACUCGAUCGAGACCUCGAUGCGAACAAUCGGACGAUAUCUAGACACGCAUGCACCGCCGCUUCUCCCUGCUCCUUGCCCGUCGAGACGCCAUGACCGUCAGACCUUGUCAUCCGCCGCCCUCGUUGUCCUCGUACCCCUCGCACAAUCUUUCGAACAUCGCUUACUCAACCCUCGCCGGGCUUUUUCUCACCAGCUUCCAGUCCGUCCUUCGUCCCUCCUCAUCCACGAUUGUAUACCACGACCGACACAAUUACUGUCAUUCCCCUCCCACCGCGCCCGAGUCACGUCUUCCCCGCUCGCAUCAUCGUUCAAGUGGCCACUUACCCCUUCUCAACCAGCCGCUUUUCACUUUCCCUUUCUCAAUCGCCGUUGUGGCCAUUGGUUUGUACCGCCCUGAUGACGAAGACGUAACAGUCUUUGUUGGCACAGCCGUUGCAGGUUCUUCCAGCUUUGUUGAAUUUCGCUGGAUUAUUCCAACUCGAUAUGUCCGGGUCUCGUCGCGCUUCAAUAUCAGAUGCUUUCUACUGUCCCCAGCCAAGUGACGCCUUUCAUGCCCACGAGCUGAAAAAUGAUGCUUCGCAUCCG